UGAAAUGUACAUUUACAGUGCAGUCAGUCUCACCAUGUCUAUUAUGUCCUUACAUGGGCUAUUUUAGGCCGCAGUGAGCUAUGAGGAUGUGCAUGUGAACUUCAGUCAUGAAGAGUGGGCUUUGCUGGAUCCUUCCCAGAAGAGUCUCUACAAGGAUGUGAUGGUGGAAACCUGCAGGAACCUCACUGCCAUAGGCUACAAAUUGGAAGAUAGCAACGUUGAAGAACACUGUCAAAGUUCUAGAGGAGAUGGAAGGACUAACAUCUGUCAUUGUGGGUACAAGCCUUGUGAGCAUAAGGGACGUGGAAAGAAGCAAUGCACCUUUGUACAGAAGAGUUUUCUUCAAACCUAUGAAAGAAUCCAUACUGAAGAGAAACCCUAUGAAUGCAGUCAAUGCAGUAAAGCCUUUGCAAAUUUCCGUAGUCUUCAAAAGCAUGAAAAAAAUCAUACUAGAGAAAAACCCUUUGACUGUAGUCACUGUGGCAAAGCCUUUGUAAGUCGCAGUGCUCUUCAAAUACACCAAAGAACUCAUACAGGAGAGAAGCCCUUUUUUUGCAAUGUAUGUGGUAAAGCAUUUGCACGUCACAGUAAUCUUGAUAUACAUAAAAGAACUCAUACUGGAGAGAAACCCUAUGACUGCAAUGAAUGUGGUAAAGCAUUUUCAACUCGCAGUCAUCUUCAAAUUCAUGAAAUAAUUCAUACUGGAGAGAAACCCUAUGCAUGUAAUCAGUGUGGUAAAGCCUUUGCAUAUCGCAGUAAUCUUGAAGCACAUGAGAAAACACACACUGGAGAGAAACCCUAUGAGUGUAGUCAAUGUGGCAACGCCUAUGCCAGUCGUAGUAGUCUUCGAAAUCAUGAAAAACAUCACACUGGAGAGAAACUCUAUGGAUGUAAUCAGUGUGGUAAAGCCUUUGCACGUCGUAGUAGUCUUGAAAUACAUGAAAGAACUCACACUGGAGAGAAACCUUAUGUGUGUAAUCAGUGUGGUAAAGCUUUUGCACGCCGCAGUAGUCUUCAAAUACAUGAAAGAGCUCACACUGGAGAGAAACCCUAUGACUGUAAUCAGUGUGGUAAAGCCUUUGCAAGUCGUACUAGUCUUCAAAAUCAUGAAAAACAUCAUACUGGAGAGAAACCAUAUGGCUGUAACCAAUGUAGUAAAGCCUUUGAAUUAAGGUGUGAUCUUCAAAUACAUGAAAGAGUUCACACGGGAGAGAAACCGUAUGGAUGUAAUCAGUGUGGAAAAGCCUUUGUAAGUCGUCGUUAUCUUCGAAAUCAUGAAAAACAUCAUACUCUUGAGAAACUCUAUGAUUGUAGUCAAUGUGGUAAAUCCUUUGCAAUUUUCAGAUAUCUUCAAAAACACAAAAAAACCCAUACUGGAGAGAAACCGUAUAAAUGUACUCAUUGUGGUAAAGCCUUUGCAUAUCGCAGUAAUCUGUAUAGACAUGAAAGAAGCCAUACUGGAGAGAAACUGUAUGAAUGUAAUGAAUGUGGUAAAGCCUUUGCAUAUUAUACUAGUCUUCAUAAUCACAAAAAAUGUCAUACUGGAGAGAAACCCUACAAAUGUAAUUAAUGCAAUAAGUUUUGACACAUCAGUAUAAUCUUCAGUUCAUUAAAGAACUCAUACUGGAGAGAAACCCUAUGAAUGUAAUCAGUGGGAUAAGGCCUCUGCAUCUUAUAGUCUUCUUCAUAGCCGUGAAAGAAUUCCUCUGGAGAGAAAUUCUAAUCUAAUAAAUGCAGUAAAGCCUUGUACACCAAGCCCAUUUUUAUUUUUUGUCACUAAGCAAUCUCACUGGUGCUCAUGUACAAUUAGUAGAACUGUUUCAUCAUUAAAAUAUUGUCUUGUUCUCAGAUCAUACAGAAAUUGUCAUCCAAGGAUAGAGGAACACACAGGGUUUGAAUAAUAAAACCUAUUUGCAAAUGAAAAUGA